AUGGUGGAGAAUCUGAGAUAUAAAAUUGUGGAGAAUUGGGUAUGUAAAAAGGUGGAGAAUGUGAUGAUGUGUAAAAUGGUGGAGAAUCCGUUGUGUAAAAUGGUGGAGAAUCCGAGAUGUAAAACGGUGGAGAAUCGGAUGAUGUGUAGACUGGGGUCAAAGGCUGAAACCAGAGCAACAGAAGAAGAAAUCCAACGCUUGACUCAGGGAGAAGCCUCACCUAGAGGUCAUAAGACGCAGACUGGUGAAAGCCGUAUAGAAACCAGUCAGCCGAAAGUUCUCCUGACGAUGAAAGCAGCAACAAGAAUAGGAACCUGGAAUGUGCGAACCAUGUUUGAAACAGGGAAGGCAGCCCAGGUAGCCAGAGAGAUGAGGAGAUACAACAUCCAACUACUUGGAAUAUGUGAGAGCAGAUGGAAUGGAACUGGAACCAAUCUCAUCAAGGAUUAUGACAGCAAGAUUCCACUCCAAAGGAAGAGAAGAACUGUAAUCCAAUGUUACCCACCAACAAACACUGCAGAUGAAGAAACAAAAGAAGAUUUUUACACAAAACUGCAGGCAGCAGUAGACAAGGCACCAAGGCGAGACAUGAAAAUUUUGAUGGGUGACAUGAAUGCCAAGAUAGGUUCAGACAAUUAUGGGAAAGAAUUCAUCAUGGGUACCCAGGCACUUGGAAACAUGAAUGAGAAUGGAGAGCUGUUCACAGAUUUUUGUGCAUUCAAUGACCUUGUGAUAGGAGGAAGUGCCUACCAGCACAAAAACAUCCACAAAGAGACUUGGAUCUCCCCUGAUGGAAAAACCAAGAACCAGAUAGACUUCAUUACUAUCUCAAGGAAGUGGAGACGCAGCUUCCUUGAUACAAGAUCAAGAAGAGGGGCUGAUGUAGCUUCAGACCACCACCUAGUACAAGGCACUAUUAAAGUCAAGUUGAAAGCCUUCAAGGACAACUGUGACAGACCACACAUCAAGUUUAACACCCAGAGACUUCAGGAAAAAGGCACAAGAGACACCUUUAGCAUCACACUGAAAAACAGAUUUGAGGUUCUUAACAACGUCUGUCAAGUAACACCACUAGAAGAACACUGGAACUCCAUCAAAGACAACUGGAAAGACACAUGCGAAGAGAUCCUAGAGAAAAGAGAAAAGCAAGACAAGGAAUGGCUUUCAAGAGACACAUGGAAACUGGUUGAAGAAAGAAAACUUCUCAAACAGCAGGUUAUGAGCUGUGAGGAGGAACAAAAGAAACAAGAAUUAAAAGACAGACACACUAUCCUAUACAAUGAAGUAAAGAAAAGUGCAAGGAGAGAUAAAAGACACUUCUAUAAUAAGCUAGCUACAGAAGCUGAGGAAGCAGCAGAGAAAAGAGACGUCAGUACCAUGUACAAAAUCACAAGAACCCUGGCUGGGAAGAGACCACCACAGACCAAGCCAGUAAAAGACAAGGAAGGCAACGCUAUAACAAAGGAAGAGGACCAGAGAAAGCGCUGGGCAGAACUCUUCAGAGAACUCCUAAAUCGCCCAACACUAGAAACAACACCAAACAUACCACCAGCAGACUCUGAACUAGCAGUGAUCACCGCCCCUCCGACAAGGGCUGAGACCAUCAAGGCUCUAAAGAAACUAAAGAGUGGGAAAGCAGCUGGGCCUGAUGGAAUUCCUCCAGAAGCCCUUAAGGCAGACAUAAAGACUUCAGCAGAUAUGUUACUACCUCUCCUGCAGAAGAUCUGGUCAGAGAGGAAGGUACCAGCUGAUUGGAAAAAAGGACAUUUAGUGAAGCUACCCAAGAAAGGAGACCUGGGACAAUGCAAGAACUGGCGUGGCAUCAUGCUCCUCUCUGUCCCAAGCAAGAUCCUGACAAGAAUAAUACUGGAAAGACUCAAAGAUGCUAUAUAA